AGAGAAAGAGAAAAACUGUAAUACCGGAACGUCAGGAUUUCUCGCAGUCGCGCCGGCGGGGACGACUUCUCUCUUACACGACCUCAAAUGGGUCACGGGGUCUAAUCGAAGAGGUCAUCGCCGCGGUAAGCGUUGCAGCAGUAGCGAGAGCCAGUUCCUCGCAGACAGCUUCUUCUAAGCGGAGCAAACGGUGACGCAUCUUUUUACGGCUCCUUAUAUUGAGUUCGGCUUGCGCGGUUAUCACCACAAAAGAAGCGAUGAGGAAUCUUACGAUGGUGCUGCUGUUCGCUAUGAUCGCGAUUGUGUCCGUGUCACUUGCGGCGCCCAAGGCUGCAAAAGAGGACCGAGAAAGCACCACGCCAGAUCCCAAGGCCUGCCCUGGCUGGGAGGUGUGGCAGGAUUGCUCAGGCAACGACUGCCGGGAGCUGAGCUGCGAAGACCCCAUUUCCGGCGGCGAGUGCAAGGAUUGCACCAGCGGCUGCUACUGCGGGGAAGGAUACUUCAGGAACCACAACGGAAACUGCGUCAACUGGGACCACUGCCAACGAGAAUAAACCGCGCCCCCUUUUGGAUUCUGUGAAACUUCACUCGUACACGCCUCAACAUCUCCUCGUUUGUUUGUCGCUUCGUACGCAGGAGCUCUGGGUUGCAUCCGCACUCGGGACUACUGAGUGUGAAACCACUUUUUUUUUCAACGUGAUACAGCUCUUUGUUUCUACUCAUAUGUGACACCUGUAUCGUCAUAAUUCCAUUUUACGAAAAUACACAUUUUCCCCUUCUCCA